UUAAAGCUGGAGGAAUGAGAGUGUCUAAAAGGCAAGAAAAUGGUCCUGUUGAGAAGAGUGCUAAACCUUCAGGAAGAGAAAAGUCAAGUGCUGUUGCCAGCUUUUCAAAGCCUCAGAACAUGGGGGUCUCGGUGGCAGAAGCACUGAGCAAAAUGACCCACAAAAUUCAUGCAGCAGCAUUGCAAGUGGCUCACCAAAAGCCACAGCCUACCCUGGAGAAGUUCAUUGUGCCUAAAAGAAUUUACAUUAUUCAGCAGCCACGGAGGUGUUGA